CCAUUGAUGUUAGAAAACAUGUAAACAGAAAUGAGAAAAACUGAAACAACACACACACACACACGCACACUCUUUCUCUCUCUUUCAAGCAUUUCUUCAGAGUAUAGUUUGUGAAAUUAUAGAGCUUUAGAUCUCUGUUUACAACAUUUUUUCAAGGGACAAGGAUGGAUUGCAAAAUGACUAAAUCAAACUGGAUUUGCUAGAGCUCAGAAAUUUUCGGUCUGAUGUGAUGUAUGACGUUCCACGCAUAGUCAAAAAGGUGUUUGGCUUUUGAAAGAUGGUUCAAAUCAAGAAUCUUUUAUGUUUAAGCCAUUUACCUUUGAAGUGCUGAAUUCUUGCUGAUUGGUCGAUUUACUGCCAAGGCCUUAGGUGAUGGGUUCAUUCCGUGGUAAUUGUGAAAUUGUUGAGUCAAAGGAUGAAGUCGAAUUGUUCCAGCAGUCAAGAAAGCAGAAGCCUCCUUUGGUUAGAAAAGGAGCCGGUAAAGUUGUAGGAGAUGACAUCAAUCAGCUUUUCGAAUCAAUCAAUGUAAGAACAUCAAAGAGUUUGGAUUUAACAGAUCAUGUUAGAAGAGAUGCCUCAAAAAGGCCAAUGAGGGCUGGUGGAUCGCACUCUCCGGUAACAGGGUUUUCUGAUCCAGUUUCUCUAAAGCAGGCGUUUCGGGGUUUAGCCAUUUCUCAGGCGGCAGAAAUGGCUGCAAUGAAACGAUUAUCAAAGCCACCUGGUUCUCCUAGUAUUUUAGAACCUGGAAGGAUUACUUGCUCCUCCCGAUUUGCAAAUACUAGUGAUUCUGGUUUCCACAAGGUGGCCCAAAACCCCUACGAACGGUAUGUUAAGUCAGCAAACCAUAGUCCCCGUUCUUCUCCCAGAUUUGCCAUUAAACCAUUUAGCAUAAGUGAAAAUGGGAAAAUAGUGCCAGCAGAGAGCACGUCCAGCUUGGUAACUGAGCACAUUCAAGAGUCCAGGUUAAAGUCGCCAGGUCAAAGUGCUCUUUCUUCUCCACGAUAUGCUAAUAAACCAAGUAUUAUUAAGAGUACGGAGUCCAUGUCCAGGCAAUCUGAGAGAAUAUCACCAGCAGAAAAUGUUCCAGCCUCCCGUAAAAAGGAUUUUCCAACCAGCCAACGCGCUCUCUCUUCACCUCGAAUUGGUGAUAAACCAGUAAUUAAGCAAGCAGAACCAAUUUUAGCUCAAAAUGGGAGGACAGGUGGCGUAGAAAGCAUUUCAGGCUCUUUCACGAUGAUCCCUCAGUACCCUAAAGAGCCCAUGAAAUCCCUAAACAAAGGUCCAAUUUUGUCUCCUAGGUUGGUAGCUAAACAGGCUUUAAAUAUUACAACUUCCAGUCUCCAGAAAAAUGAGAAAGCAGUUCCUUCCUCAUCUUCAUGUGAGUCUAGCAAUGUUGUAUUGGUGUCCGGACAAAAAAGAUCACCAGAUAAUGUGAAGAGAAAUGUGGUUACAUCAUUUAGAGUAGCAAACAAAACAGCUCUAAAGCUGAAACGGAAAGGCAGAGGCAACAAGGAGACCAAAUCGACAAAAGGUACCAGUCGUGCCAUUAAGCCUCCAGUCAAAAACAAAUAUCUUGUCAAGAAGAAAUUGAAAGAGGAGUCAGAGCUAGCAUCUGGCACUUUAAAUCUAUGCUAUGAAAUAAAUGGUCCCACAGAAUCGCCUAGUCAACUUGUCUGCCAGAGAUGUCAUUGCACUCUCGAGGGUGCGGGGAAGGAAUCUAAUAGGGAACCUGCAAAGCAAAUCUCUAAUGGCUAUGACAAUGGUGGUCCUCCUGUGUUGAAAUUCAACAAGACAUCAAAAUCUAGGGAGCAAGGGGAAUUCUCUCAGAGCUCAAAGAGUAGUAUCGGUGAUUAUAGUACUAGCACAACCAUCAGUGAAGAGAGCAACCUAAGCGGUUCGUUUUCUGGGAACAGACCACACAUGUCUAAGGAUGGAAGAUGGGAGGCUAUCACUCAGGUUAGGAAACAAUAUGGAUUCUUAGGGUUAAGUCAUUUCAAUUUAUUGAAGAAACUUGGUUGUGGAGAUAUUGGCUCAGUGUAUCUAGCUGAGUUGCUAGAAACUAACUGCUUGUUUGCAAUAAAAGUUAUGGAUAAUGAAUAUCUGGCAAGAAGGAAAAAGUUGCCGAGGGCCCAAACUGAAAGAGAGAUUCUGCGUAUCCUGGAUCAUCCUUUUCUGCCAACACUCUAUGCGCAGUUUACUUCAGAAAAUUUAUCAUGUUUAGUUAUGGAGUUCUGUUCGGGUGGUGAUUUGCAUGUCCUCCGACAGAAGCAGCCAGGCCGAUAUUUUUCUGAGCCAGCAGCAAGGUUUUAUGUUGCUGAGGUCCUCCUUGCUCUGGAGUAUUUGCAUAUGCAAGGAGUUGUAUACCGUGAUUUGAAACCAGAAAAUAUUCUGGUCCGAGAAGAUGGUCACAUCAUGCUUACUGAUUUCGAUCUCUCACUCAGAUGUUCCGUUAAUCCCACUCUUCUACAAUCAUCCUCAUUGGGAGUAGAAGCCCCACGGAUCUCUGGUCCAUGCGCAGGAUCCAAUUGCAUUGAUCCUUUUUGUGCGGGACCCUCAUGUCAAGUUUCUUGCUUUAGCCCCAGAAUUUUACCCGGCCACACUGCAAGAGCAAGAAAGCUAAAAGCUGAUCAAGCUGCAUCUCUUAACAGAUCAUUGCCUCAGCUUGUAGUAGAGCCAACGGAAGCUCGGUCCAACUCGUUCGUGGGUACACAUGAAUACUUAGCUCCUGAGAUUAUCAAAGGGGAGGGUCAUGGAAGUGCUGUUGACUGGUGGACACUUGGCGUUUUCCUAUACGAGCUUCUAUAUGGGAAGACACCCUUUAAAGGUGGGGGAAACGAAGAAACAUUGGCCAACGUUGUCACGCAGAACCUUAGAUUUCCAGACAGCCAGAUCGUUAGUUUUCAGGCAAGGGAUCUUAUCAGAGGGCUGUUGGGAAAGGAUCCCGAGAAUCGAUUGGGAACAGAAACAGGAGCUGCUGAGAUAAAGAGACACCCUUUCUUUGAUGGCUUGAAUUGGGCACUGAUACGUUGCGCCGUUCCACCUCAAGUGCCCGGAGUAGGUAAAGUAGUUCUUGAGGAAAAGAGCAAAAAGUUUCUGGAGUAUAGUUCAACAAGAGAGCAUUUGGAAUUUGAACUGUUUUAGCAAAACUGGUGUUUGCUCUCUGGUUAUGACUUGUGAUGUAUCAUUGUUCCCACCCCUUGUUGAUAUUGAUGUCUAAAUUAUACAAUGAAAAGCAAGGGGAUCUCAUAUACAUCACCAUAAAAUUUUGCUCAGUGAAAAGUAUGCUGUAGUUAUCCUUGA